CUUUCUUCCUGCCUCCCCUGGCCGCCGCCUCCCUCCUCCGCCCGCCCUGCCGCGCUCCCUCCAUCCCGGGAGCCCGCGGAGCCCCGCGAUGCUCCGCCGCCGCCUGCCCCUGCUCGGGCCCUGGCUGCUGCUGCAGAUGGUCUGUGCCCAGGGCCACCUCACCAAGACCCUGGGCUACCUGGAGCUGGGCACCUCUGGCCUCCUCAAGGACGUGCCCUACGGCAACCUGAAGCCCCCCGCGCUAGAGCCCGGGCGGCUGGUGCCGGGCGAGCUGCUGCGGGGCGCGGGGCAGCCUGCCAGCCCUGCGCGUGGCCCCUGGGACUGGCAGAGGAACCAGACGGCAGGUGGGGUGCCGAGCCCCCGGGCCCGGCACAAGCCCCUGCUCAAGGCUGCCCGUGCCAAGAAGAUCUUCGGCUGGGGCGACUUCUACUUCAACAUCAAGACGCUGAAGUUCAGCCUGCUGGUGACGGGGAAGAUCGUGGACCACAUCAACGGCACCUUCAGCGUCUACUUUCGCCACAACUCUUCCAGCCUGGGCAACGUCUCGGUGAGCAUCGUGCCGCCCUCCAAGGCGGUGGGCUUCGAGGUGCUGCUGCCAGCGCCUGCCGCACUCCCACGUCCACCACCCCCACAGAGCACCCUGCCCCAGGGCCGCCCCAAGGCCCUCAACUGCCACGUGGAGUACGAGAAGACCAACCGGGCACGCAAAAACAAGCCCUGCCUCUACGACCCCUCCAAGGUGUGCUUCACCGAGCACACGCAGAGCCAUGCCGCCUGGCUCUGCGCCAAGCCCUUCAAGGUCAUCUGCAUCUUCAUCUCCUUCCUCAGCAUCGACUACAAGCUGGUCCAGAAGGUCUGCCCCGACUACAACUUCCAGCAUGACAACCCCUACUUCGGCUGACGGUCCCCGUGGCGGGAUGGAGGGUGGGAUGGCGACAGGGUGCACAGGGCAGGUGGCAGGUUUCGGUGUGUGACGGGGAGCGAGCGCCAGUGUGCCACCGUGCCUGGGAGCAGCCAGCUGCAGCGGGGGGAAGGGGGGGGGGGGCUUUUCUUGUUUGUGCGGAUGUGUGAGAUGUGCAUGUGCAUGCACGUGUGGAUGCACGUGUGCACACUCACGUGUACCUGUGUGUUUCUGUGUGCGGCCACACAUGUGCAUGCUGGCCAUCAUGCCUGUGCGGGCACCCGUCCCAGGUAUUUUGGAGCCUUUCCCUGGUCCCAUUUGUCCCUCCUUGGCCGGGAGAACCCAGGCCAGGGGUGGACUUCGGGGCGCCAGACUAAGCCCCCAGCGCCCUAUGGAGAUUCCUCCAUGCUGUGCCCACCACCCGCCAGCUCCUGCCCUCACUCAGCUCUGGGCAGAGGCUUCUUCAUAUUUUUUUAAGAAAAUCAAAAUGAAAAAGUGGAAAAUUAAAAAAAAAAUAAAAAAAAAUUGGAAAGCUU